ACCCGGGUUCACUCAAAACUCUCAGUUUGUGUUUUCGCCUGUGUCGAUUGUACGCGCUAAAACGUCGCCCAGACCAGUCGAAGCCGGGCAUAAAGCCCUGAUGAAUAUGUGGGCGUAUAUAGUGGCAGCGUCUCGCGGGGACCCGCACCUUCCGGACCGGCCCCGGCGCACUACUGACGACAUCGUCAAUGAUACGUGCAAGAUUCAUAGAUGUCGAGAGGGCAAAGUGUUUAUGCUUCCGAGUUCGUCUGGCAGGUACACGGGGCCGUACCCGGGCCCGUCGGCCACCGGGCCGCGCAUGCAGGAGCAGAAGCCCAGCAAGUACGCGACCAAGAAGUCACUGAGUCUGCCGACCACCCCGCUGCGCGUGACGCGGCCCCGCGCGGACGUGCGCCUGGAGGAGGGCGCCUACCCGACGCUCGAGGUAGGAUCGAGUUCGAAAAUACACGGACUUCAACUUUCGCGCAACUUUCAAAGCGAGCUUCAGUUUACUCCGACAACAAAAACUUAA